AUGGCGACAAGGUUGUGGGCGACGAGGGCAGCUUCUUACCUUAAGAUCUCUGUUCCUCACAGAGGUUUCGCCACUGUUAUCAAAGAUCUAAAGUAUGCCGAUUCUCACGAGUGGGUAAAGGUGGAAGGUGAGUCUGCCACUGUGGGCAUUACUGAUCAUGCUCAGGACCAUUUGGGUGAUGUUGUGUAUGUGGAGCUACCUGAAGAGGGAGCUGAGGUAAAGCAAGGUUCGAGUUUUGGUGCCGUUGAGAGUGUUAAAGCCACUAGCGACAUUAAUUCUCCUGUUUCCGGUAGAGUGGUUGAGGUCAACACAAAACUCACUGAGUCUCCUGGUUUGGUAAAUGCUAGCCCGUACGAGGAUGGAUGGAUCAUAAAGGUUGAGGUGAAAGAUAGUAAUGAACUGAACAACUUGAUGAACUCUGAUCAGUACUCCAAAUUCUGCGAAGAAGAAGAUGCCAAGCAUUGA